AUGUCCUCCUUAGGCUCUGGCUCCUGGGGCGUCACGCCUUCGCUCCAGAGGGACGAUUCCUCGGGCAGCGUCUUUCACAACUCCUUCCCGGAAUUGCUGGGGAACUCCGACGACGCACUCGCUGGGUACUUCCGUUCCACGCCGAGCGGCAAAACUCAGGCAAGCACGCCGCUCAGCGACCGUACGAAUAGCGGAGGCUAUGACGCUGUCGAUAGGUGGGUCAAUGCGCUCUUCUGCCCGGAUGACCAACUCACAACGUUGCCACGUGAGGAGGAGCAGCAGGAGCAACCUGGGAUCAGCACCGCAGUGAACCCGCUGUUAGACCCACACAACAUGUGUCCGUGGCUCGGCGGGCCCGAGUCGACCACUGUGGAAGUCUACACGCACGGCACCGCCCGCAACAGCACCCCGGCGAGACCACUGCCCUUUCUGAGGGGUAACCCCGACGAUGCAGACAGUUUUCUGUAUCUCUUCUUCGACUCCCUCGCAAGCCCACAGCAGAAUCAGCAACGACGGCAGUCGCAGCACAGCAAGCCGUCUUCCACUGUCGCCGCGCCGAACGGGGUAGUGAAGCGCAAAAAGACGGGCUGGGAGGGUCUCAAUACGGAAACGAAGCAGGUGGAGUCUGUGAGCUUCCCCAAGGAUACACGGAAGAGGGGAUUCUCAACUUUCUCCAGCUACAAGUUUCCCACGGAACCGACUGAGAGUAUCUCGCAGGACAUUAGCAACGAUGGUUAUGGCGCGCAGUCCAAAGACGGGGCGCCGCAGAACCCGCACUCCAUACUCGUGAACGGUGCGAGGGACGACAAGCGUGCCGGGGGUGCCGCUGAGAAUGCGCCGUCCGUGAGGUUCCUGUAG